CAGCCGUCAAGCAAAGAUCUUCUUCUGCCCUCCCCAUCCCUCCAUUUUUCCCGCUCCGAGCUCCCAACUCACUCCUCGUUUUCUAGGUUUUUUACGGUUUGAAUCUCAGAAACGUCCAUAAAUGCAUGCGAACUAGGAUUUCUCGCUCCCUAUACGUUGUGCUGAGCUCGUCGGCGAGCAGAGAGAGCCACUAAAAUGGCUGCUUCUAAUGCUUUCCCCCUCUGCCCGUGCGAGUUCUCGCGUCGUUCGGCUUCCUGUUGUGGGUCCGCCAAAAUGGCUGCUUUCAGUGCUCUUUCUAUCUGCCCCUACAGAUUAUCGCAUCGACCGAACCCUGCCAGGCGUUCAGCUUCGCGUUGCGUUGAUUCUCGUACUGCCGUAGGCACACAUGGAUCUAAACGACCACGUAAAAGAUCAGCAAGAAUGGAAGGGGCUGGAAAAAGCAUGGAGGACUCUGUUCAGCGCAAGUUGGAACAGUUCUAUGAAGGGAUCAAUGGUCCGCCGCUCCGGGUUCUUCCAAUUGGUGGCUUGGGUGAAAUAGGAAUGAAUUGCAUGCUUGUUGGAAACUAUGACCGUUAUAUUUUGAUUGAUGCGGGCAUCAUGUUUCCAGACUAUGAUGAGCUUGGUGUCCAGAAAAUUAUACCUGAUACUACAUUUAUAAAAAGAUGGAGCCACAAAAUUGAAGCUGUCGUUAUAACACAUGGCCACGAAGAUCACAUUGGUGCGUUGCCUUGGGUUAUCCCGGCAUUGGAUCCCCGUACACCAGUAUUUGCGUCUUCCUUCACGAUGGAGUUGAUAAAAAAACGUUUAAAGGAGUUUGGCAUCUUUGUUCCAUCGAGGCUAAGGUUGUUUAGAACAAGGAGGAAAUUCAUUGCCGGACCAUUUGAAAUAGAGCCUAUUAGGGUCACCCAUUCUAUUCCUGAUUGCUGUGGACUGGUUCUACGUUGUGCUGAUGGUACAAUUCUUCAUACUGGUGAUUGGAAGAUUGAUGAGUCACCAAGGGAUGGAAAGGUUUUUGACCGUGAAGCCUUAGAGGAGCUCUCAAAAGAAGGAGUUACAUUAAUGAUGAGUGACUCCACGAAUAUUCUCUCGCCUGGAAGGACAAUUAGUGAGUCUGUUGUGGCAGAUUCAUUACUAAGGCACAUUUCAGCGGCUAAAGGAAGGGUUAUUACCACUCAAUUUGCAUCAAAUAUACAUCGUCUUGGAAGUGUAAAAGCUGCAGCUGAUCUAACUGGUAGAAAAUUGGUAUUUGUUGGCAUGUCAUUAAGGACAUAUCUGGAUGCUGCUUGGAAGGAUGGAAAGGCGCCAAUGGAUCCCUCAACUUUGGUGAAAGCGGAAGACAUUGAUGCCUAUGCUCCAAAGGAUUUGCUAAUUGUCACAACAGGCUCUCAAGCAGAGCCACGUGCUGCUCUAAAUCUUGCUUCAUAUGGGGGUAGUCAUUCCCUGAAACUGAGCAAGGAAGACAUAAUUUUAUACUCAGCUAAGGUAAUCCCUGGCAAUGAAGCUCGGGUAAUGAAAAUGCUAAACCGUAUAUCAGAGAUUGGUUCAACAAUACUAAUGGGUAAGAAUGAGGCACUGCACACAUCUGGUCAUGGUCAUCGUGGGGAAUUGGAGGAAGUACUUAAGAUUGUGAAGCCGCAACAUUUUGUGCCCAUCCAUGGAGAACUCUUGUUCCUGAAAGAGCAUGAAUUGCUUGGAAAGUCAAUUGGCAUUCGUCACACAACUGUUAUAAAGAAUGGAGAGAUGCUUGGUGUCUCACAUUUGAGGAAUAGAAGAGUUCUGUCUAAUGGUUUUAUGUCCUUAGGGAAGGAAAAUUUGCAGCUAAUGUACAGUGAUGGGGAUAAAGCAUUUGGCACAUCAUCUGAACUCUGCAUUGAAGAAAGGCUAAGAAUUUCUUCAGAUGGUAUUAUUGUGGUCAGCAUGGAAAUUCUGCGCCCUCAAAGUGUUGAUGAUAUAGUUGAAAACAGCAUUAAAGGAAAAAUAAAAAUCACCACACGUUGCUUAUGGCUUGACAAAGGGAAGCUUUUAGAUGCUCUCCACAAAGCUGCACAUGCUGCACUUUCAAGCUGUCCUGUGAAUUGUCCUCUAGCACAUAUUGAAAAAACCGUCUCUGAGAUGUUGAGAAAAAUGGUAAGGAAGUACAGCAGUAAAAGGCCUGAAGUUAUUGCAGUUGCUUUUGAGAACCCAGCGGCAGUGAUCUCUGAUGAGAUCGAGGCUAGGAUAUCUGGAAAAUCAUAUGUUGGUUUUGCUGCAUCAGCAUUGAGGAAGGGGGUUGACAGGCAUGCAAGGAAAAUACGGUCAAACAGGACGCAUGAGGAAGAAGACAGUGGGCCCGUGCAUCUAGAGGACACUCCACUGCAUGAUGUAGAAGUGUUUUAUGCAGGUGGCAGAGUUGAUAGACUACUACCUGAGGAGGAUACUACUACUACAAGUUCUGGCUUGACUCAGGGACUUUUAUCCAUUUCAGAGGACAACGAUGCUUUCUGGGAAUCAUAUGUAGCCUCAUCAUCACCUGUUGACCAAUUGUUUAAGAAUAAUAAUGGUCAUAUUCCACAAGAAAAAAAUCCUGUGACGCUGAAGAAAGAUGUCCCUGAAAGCAGUGAAGAUGACUCUGUUGAAACAUCAAAUUCUCAACUAAAGUCUUCCAAGUCUGCGAGACGGAAAAAAUGGAGACCUGAGGAGGUUAAGAAGCUAAUUGUGAUGCGAGGAGACUUGCAUAGCAGAUUUCAAGUUGCGAGGGGGAGAAUGGCCUUGUGGGAAGAGAUAUCAGAAAGCCUGUUGGCUGAUGGGUUCAAUCGAACUCCUGGGCAGUGCAAAUCUUUAUGGGCAUCCUUGAUUCAGAAGCAUGAGGAAAUCAAGAGUGGGAGGAAAGGCAAGAAGAGUUGGCCUUAUUACGAGGACGUAAACAGAAUUUUGUUAAACGUUGAGGGAGCGGCAACUAAAUGAUCAAAGGAGUGUAAGAAACCGCUUGCUUUGCUGAAUUAUUUCCCAGAUGUUCGUUGAGCCAAUACAUGCACAUUACAAAAGCGAGAACAAUAACAGAAAUGAUUGUGGAGUCAAUGAUGACAUUGGCAGUUCUACUGGAUAGUGAUCGUUGCUGCAUAAUUUCUGUACUAUAGCAUGAAAUGUCUGAUUAUUGUGGAAGAGAUGAGAAAAAGGAAAUUUCGUAACCCCAGAGCCUCUGUAAUUCACAAUAGCUGUAUUGGUGGAAUUCCUUCCAAGGAAGCGAUUGUUUCCCCCAUAAAAUUUUCUCCUCUAUGAUUGAUUGAUUCGAAUGAGCCUUUAUAGGUAA